AUGACGACCCCUCGCAAGCGCCCACGGAGCCUCGGUGAGGAAGGCACGUGUUCACCACACGACUCCAAGUUCAUUGUGAACCUCGACGUUCGCGGCUACAAGCGUGAGGAAAUCUCCAUCAAGGCAGUCGGCGACCGCGUCGAGGUGAGCGCGAAGCACGAGGAAGAGAGCGAGGACGGUUCUAACUACGUGAAGCGCGAGUUCACUCGGCGGUUCACCCUCCCCGAAGGAGUGAAAGCCGAGACGGUCACCUGCGCCCUGUUAUCGUCCGGCGUGCUGGCCAUCGAAGCGCCCAAGCCGGAGCCUCCCAGCAAGAAGCCGAAGACGAUUCCCAUCGCUGUUGAGUCGUCGGUCUAG